UAGAGGCGGGUGGUUGGUCUUUCAGAGAAUUGUGGGAUAUCUCUAAGAAUGGCGACGUCUUUGGGAGCCAACACUUACAACAGACAAAACUGGGAAGACGCGGAUUUUCCCAUUCUCUGCCAGACAUGCCUUGGAGAAAAUCCGUACAUUCGCAUGACCAAAGAGAAGUAUGGCAAGGAAUGCAAGAUCUGUGCCAGACCCUUUACUGUGUUUCGCUGGUGCCCUGGUGUGAGGAUGCGCUUUAAGAAAACGGAAGUGUGCCAGACUUGUAGCAAGCUGAAGAAUGUAUGCCAGACGUGUCUCUUAGACCUUGAAUAUGGCUUGCCAAUUCAAGUUCGUGACACUGGUUUAUCAAUCAAAGAUGAAAUGCCCAAAUCAGAUGUGAACAAAGAAUAUUACACUCAGAACAUGGAACGAGAGAUUCAGAACUCGGAUGGGACCAGGCCAGUAGGGAUGUUAGGGAAAGCUCCAAGUUCCAGUGACAUGUUGCUGAAACUGGCCAGGACCACUCCUUACUAUAAGCGUAACCGUCCACACAUUUGCUCUUUCUGGGUCAAGGGAGAGUGUAAGAGAGGAGAGGAGUGUCCGUACAGACAUGAGAAACCUACAGACCCAGAUGAUCCCCUGGCAGACCAGAACAUCAAGGACCGAUACUAUGGGAUAAAUGAUCCCGUUGCAGAUAAACUUUUGAAACGGGCCUCCACCAUGCCACGUCUUGACCCGCCAGAGGACAAAACCAUCACCACACUCUAUGUGGGUGGAUUGGGAGAUACCAUCACAGAGACUGAUCUCAGGAAUCACUUUUACCAGUUUGGUGAGAUUCGCACCACAACAAUAGUGCAGAGGCAGCAGUGUGCAUUCAUUCAGUUUGCUGCACGACAGGCUGCGGAACUGGCUGCUGAGAAAUCUUUUAACAAGCUGAUCAUUAAUGGCCGACGACUUACUGUCAAGUGGGGCAGGUCCCAGGCAGCCAGAGGGAAGGAGAAGGACAAGGAUGGUGUGAGCGAGACUGGGAUGAAACUGGAGCCAGUGCCUGGCCUUCCGGGAGCUCUGCCCCCUCCUCCUGCAUCUGAGGAAGAAGCUCCUGCAAAUUACUUCAAUCUGGCCCCCAGUGCGUCUCCCGCUGUCAUGAACAUUGCUCUGCCUCCUCCCCCGGGCAUUGCACCCCCUCCUCCUCCAGGCUUCGGACCUCCUAUGUUCCACUCCAUGGGCUCCAUGGGUCCUCCACCCCCUCCACCAAUGUCAAUGAGAGCUCCUGGUCACAUCCAUUACCCUUCCCAGGAUCCUCAGCGCAUGGGUGCUCACGCCAGCCGCCACGGUGGCUCCUAAUCUCACUUCUUUUCAAAACAUUGAGUAUCGUGUUAAGAGGCAACUUUAACAGCUGCGGUUCCUUUCCUUGAAGGUUAAAACCAAGUCCUAGUUUUAACUUUUUGAAAUAAAGGGGUCUGGCCUUAUUGAAUAAAUAAAUGAAUAAUAAAAGAAUGAAAAUACCUACAUUUUUGGAUUGUAAUUUAAAAGAAAUGUCUGAAUAUUGUGAUAAAUUGCUUCCUACAUGAAAAGCCUUUUCCAGUCAGCUUCCAUUUGCACACAUUCUUUAUGAAACUUAAGUUUUCAUAAAAGAUUAAGUUGCAUAUAAAAGUUGCAGUGACUCAUUACUCAAUAUUUUUAGGGGGUUAUUUACUGAGUUGUUGACCUCCUUGCCACUGGAAAAACAAUAUAAUGAUGUUGGUAAAUGCUGAACUAAGAUGUCAUAGCGGUGACACUGAUUUACUUAUUUAGUUCAUAAAAUAUCAAAAGCAGCCAUUUUCCUCUGGUUCAGCUGAAACAGGAUUUUUUUUUAGGUGAAUCCAUGUUAUCAGUUGUAAACUAUUAUUGAAAAUAUAUAUAUAUAGUUUUAUACCAUACAACAAGCACAGAUAAGACUAAUGUAUUACUUUAAGGGCCAAAUACAAGGAAGCAAAGUGCCCUGAGCCUCAGAUGUGUAUGGCAUGUCACUGUUAAGUAUGACGUGUUAAUUUGCAAUGUCUUACUUUUGGCCUCAAAGGUUAGAUGAAAUUUGGGUAGUCACUAAGUAAUUGUCCAUAGACUUUUAAUCUAGGCAGUCUUUUUAAUAUCUUAUUUCUUUUUACUUUUUGUUUUGUGGAGACUCAUUUUCUCUUUUCAUGGAUGGAAUAAAAUCUCAAGGAUUGAAAGAAUUCACAAAUGAAGUCUGUCAGUGAGAUCUAAAUGGUAACUUUUUUCCAGGUCUGAAACAUUGUAUACAUUUAAUCUUUGAGGGCCUUUUUUAAACCCGUCAGAUAUAGAUGGCUUCAGAUAUAUUUGUACCCUUAAGUUGGUUUGAGCUAGAAUAAAUGUAAGUGUACAUUCAGUAUUUGAUGCAUAAAUAAAAUAUGAAAAAUCUUAA